AUGGCGUCGCCUACGUCAUCACCUCCCCGUUUGAUUGCCCUCGCGGCGACGAAACAAUGGCCUAUGGUCGUGAUGCGGCUCGACGAGCUCGUGAGCAGCGUGUGCAUCCCCAACGUGCCCUCGACAGGUUCCACAGAGGAAGCGCCGGCGCCGCGCCGGCUGCUCGCGGCUGCGGAGCGACAGGAGUUGGAGGAGACGGACAAAGCAACGGGCAACACGCUGGCGCACUUCGCGGCGGUCGCCGGCGCCGUGGACGUGCUGGAGCGUCUCCUGAAGCUGACCCUGGAGUCCCCUCGCUCCCACGUCGCUGAGGCGAAUGGCAACGCCGCCGAGAAACCCACUGGAGUUCUCAGGGCGAAGAACUGCUCAAACCGCACGCCACUCUCUCUCCUUGAAUUCGAGAUGACCCAGCUGAAAGCGAAACUCGAAGACUGCCUCGAAGAGGAGGCUUCCGACGCCGAGAAAGCCAUGAAACUGCAACAGAAAAUCGACGCCAUGGAGAGCGCGAAGACGUGGCUCCUGAGCAACUGCUACUCGGCUGCCGAGCGACUCUUUUAUGGCGACGGCUCCUACGAGGACAUGGUCAGGGAAUUAGGUGCAGACCCAACGGGCCUCUUUGAGCGGCUGGAGUGCUACAAUGACAUGCCUUACCCCUUCCUUUGCGUCGAGGAAAACGAUCGCCAAAAAAUCGCGUGGAUUGCUUCUCAGAAUCUGGUCUCGCCCCCCACGUUGGCGGGCGCGGGAGGGGUGUCUCCGCUCGAGCUGCGAGACGAUCACGGCAACACGCUUCUCCAUCUCGUUCACUUCGAAGUCGAUCUGGGAUCCGGCUUCUCCGACGAUGAGUCUGAGGACGAAGACGAGCCCCCUAGGAAGGGGCAAGACGUCAAAGGCCGCGCCGCAGGCGAUGCGGACAGCGGCAAGAGAGAAGACGAAACAGCGGCGUCUUCCGGAGAAGCCACCGGCGAAGCCGACGGCAAGACGCAGAAGGGCAAAGCGCUGCCGUUGAUAAGCGAGACACUCUUGAAGGCUCUCACAGGCUCGGACAAGGAGACGCUCCAGACGCUGCAGCUGCUCCUUAGCUACCCUGCGGUGAAAAACUUCGUCAACACGCCAAACAGAACCGGGCAGACGCCCGCGCACUUCAUCGUCGAAGACGCGCCGACCGGUGACGCCGCGCACGCGGCUUUGAUUCUUCUUGUCAACGCCGGCGCGGAUCUGAACGUCAAGGACGAAAGCGGGCGCACGCCGUUCAUGGCGCUCUGCGAGGCGCACGGCGACGGCCCGUGGGUCUCCUGGGCGCUGAAGCCCGCGCACGAAGGCGGCGGCGUCGACGCUUCUCUCAAAGACGACAAGGGCCGGACGUAUAGGGAGUAUAUCGAGAUGGGCGAGGAAGCGGACAGCUGGGAAGAGGACGAGGAGGAGGAAGACGAAGAUUGA